UGAUUAUUACACUUGCUGGUUCACGGCACCGAGCAGCUUAAAUACCAACACUGCCUAUUCUCUGGGCCUUUAACGUCCAUCGAGACUGGAUUCUUCCGUUCUUUCACUUCUCUCUUGCUGCUUUCCGGAUCCUCCGCAGUCGCCCCAAAAUGCCUACAAAUCCAGAAUGGGUCAAGGCCCUCAAGCCCUCCGGCCCUCAGGGUUCUGAGCUGCUCUCACAAGAAAGAGCCAAAUCCAAUCUCAAUGUCAACCAGCUCGCCGACUUCAUGUUUACGCGCGAAAUCCUCGAAAGGAAUGAACACAUACUCAAGAUUCUGCAAGCCGACCCCGUUUUCGACAAAUCACAGAACUACUUUCGAGGGAGAACCAGCCGGAUAGAAGCUGCGUUGGCGAGGGGCAAGAGACUGCAACAGUUGCAGGUCAAACACAAAUGGACAAGAGAUGAGUAUCAGACCGCCAGUGACCUCAUUAGCGAACCUACACCUUACGGCCUGCAUUCGAGCAUGUUCAUCGUCACCCUCCGUGAGCAAGGUACUCCAGAACAGCACAAGCUCUUCCUGGAGAAAGCGGAGGCCUAUAAGAUCAUCGGCUGCUAUGCUCAGACUGAACUCGGUCAUGGCUCGAAUGUUAGAGGAUUGGAAACCACUGCUACCUGGAACUCCGACGACAAGACUUUCAUCAUUAACUCGCCUUAUCUCACUGCCUCGAAAUGGUGGAUCGGGUCGCUCGGGAGAACCGCCAACUAUGCCAUUGUCAUGGCCCAGCUCUUUAUCGACGGAAAACCCUACGGUCCUCAUCCAUUUGUCGUCCAAGUUAGAGAUAUGAAGACCCACGAGCCUUUGCCUGGCGUCCAUGUUGGCGAUAUUGGCCCGAAAUUUGGGUAUAACACGAUGGACAAUGGCUUCCUGCUGUUCAAGAACGUCAAGAUUCCUCACGUCAACAUGCUGGCUCGCUUCUCCCGGGUCGACCCCAAUAGCAACAAAUACGUCCGACCCUCAAAUCCUUCUCUCGUCUACGGCACCCUCACCUUUGUUCGAAGCACUAUUGUGCUGCAAGCCGGCUCUACCCUUGCCCGUGGCGUCACCAUUGCCACUCGUUACUGCGCCGUACGACGACAAUUCCAAGAUCGCGACGUCCACGAGCCCGGCGAAAACCAAGUCCUCAACUACACCAUGGUCCAGAUUCGACUGCUUCCACUGCUCGCAGCUACCUACGCCCUCCACUUCACGGGCAAGAGCAUGAUCCGACUGUAUCAGGAAAACCAGAAACGCAUGGGCGCCGGGGACGCCGGCAAACUGUCCGACUCGACUCGGGGGCCAGGACCCGAGGAGCUCAAUCCAGGCACCGAUCUUCUGGCCGACCUGCACUCCACCAGCUGUGCGCUGAAAGCCUAUGGCUCUACCACCGCCGCCGAAGGCCUGGAAGUCUGCCGCCGUGCCUGCGGCGGCCACGGGUACUCGUCCUUCUCCGGUAUCGGCACCUGGUACGCCGACUACCUCCCCACGGUGACGUGGGAAGGCGACAACUACAUGCUCACGCAGCAAGUCUCCCGGUACCUCUUGAAGUCCGCCCGGAGCGUGCUGCAGGGCAAGGCGCCCAAGAACGACACCACGCGGAUCCUGGGCGACUUCAUCCGCCGCCGCGACAUUGGCUGUGCGUUCGACGUGAUCGGCAACGACGAAGACCUGGUCGCGGCGUUCGCGUGGCGCGUUUCCUUCCUGACCUUCGAGGCCCUCCGCCACCGCGACGAGGACAAGCAGUCCUGGAACUCGCUGCUGGUGGACUUCUGGCGCCUGUCGACCGCGCACGCGCAGUACAUGAUCGUCAAGAACUUCCACGACGCGCUGCGCGACCCGGGCACGCAGCAGCAGCUGGACGGCGAGACGGUGGCGCUCCUGCACAAGCUGUUCCGGCUGUACGCGCUGCACACGCUCGAGCGCGAGGCCUCGGAGUUCUACUCGUCCGCGGCCGUGACGGUGCGGCAGAUCACGCUGGCCCGCACCAAGACGGUCAUGACGCUGCUCGGCGAGAUCCGCCCGCACGCGGUCCGCCUGGUCGACGCGUGGAAGUUCUCCGACUGGCAGCUCGACUCGUCCCUGGGCCGGUACGACGGCAACGUCUACGAGGACAUGUUCCACCGCGCGAGCGAGCUGAACCCGCUCAACAGCGUCGUCUUCGACCCGUACCCGGACUCCAAGACCCUGUUCAGGAAGGACGAGCGGAAAGAUCUGCGGAGCAAAUUGUGAAAACCCCGCCCCCAAACCAUCCAUGCAUCCAUCCAUCCAUCCAUUCAUCCAAUAGGGGUUCCUGUGCGUUUCUGAAAUGUAUGUGUUUGAAUACCUCCUACCUAAGUACCUACCUACCUACCUAUGUGAUGUUAUGACAUGCUAUGUUAUGCUGUUCUUCUUUCCUUUCCGCGCUCACGACUCGUUUUGGUUGGGUUGGGACAUUGCAAAAUUCCAUAAGGCGGGUGACUCUCUCCCCCAUACAUUCAUACGUACAUGUCAUGCAAGGCCUGGGGUGGAAUUUGGACGGUAUAGAGAAAAAUCUCUCCAGCAUCGUACGAUUUGUCUACUUGGAACUACAUAGGUAUAGAACACCAAUCCAAAGUCCGCGGAAGCAAUUCUGCAAUUUCCAAAACCUGGAGAA